CGAGUUUCACUUUUUUGUUGUUCACAAUUUUGCAGGGGGGCAGGGAGCGAAAAAAAAAUUUAAAGGAUUACUCCCGUCUGCGCUGAUAGCUCUUCCGGGUUAUCGUUAAUUUUUCCUUCCUGGCUAACGGCCUACCCUGAAAUUAUUGAAUCGAUUUCGUUCUGUUCUCCCAAAAUGUAGCAACACAGGGACACCCCCCUUUAUGUUUUGGAUCAGUGUGAUCCGGAGAUGGUUUCCAGGCUGAGAUGGAUUGUUACAUUGGCUGCUGCUGCGCAGAGAGAUGCGGCUAAGACAAGGCAGCCAGUCCUGACUGUGAUGGGCUGAGUCUUGGUCUCUGUUUUUUCUUUUGAAGUUUAUAUUUUGGAGCUGAGGGGAAAGCACGUCUUUUGGGAUCCUGCCAUGUUUCGCAAUGUCUUUAGUGGAUGCGUGUCUGAUCGCAGCUCGCAGGCAGAGGUGUUCCGCUCUCAGAAGCUCAAGUUUGGAGCUUCGCUUUCAUCAGCCUUGAAACAUGGCUAUUUACCAGGGCCCCUUGUGGAUAUACUGGUGUUUAUUGCCAAGGAAGGGGUAGCAACCGCUGAUGUUUUCCGGAGGCCAGGGAAUCCCAAUGACACAAGGCGCAUUGUCAAGCGCCUCACUGAAGGGAAACAAGUAAUUUAUUCCAACUACAGUUUCUACACUUUGGCCUCUGUGGUAAAGAAAUUCCUUCUGAAGAUCCCUGGGGGUGUGUUUACCCCGGAGGGAGAGGAGCAACUGCUCCAGGUGCUGACCUUGCCCCAGAAGAUGGAGCAGAUCGAAGCUGUGCACAGUUUCAUCGAGACGUUGUCUCCGACCCACCAGCAGCUGGUUGCCUUACUCUUCGGGACCUGGUUCCGGAUCGUGACAUACUCGGAGGUGAACUGUAUGUCGGUGGAGGCUCUGUCGCGUAGCGUGGCGGGGAGCAUGUUCCACACGUGUGCCGAAGAUCCUGCUAAGGUUGAAAAAGCCAGUCGAAUUAUGCAGUUUCUGAUCGACAACUUUGGUGUGGAAGGGAUGUUUGGUCGGGAAAAUAUCAGAUUUUUUGCAGAAACCACCCACACGGGCAUCCAUAUACGGGAACUCUACAGAUACAGCUACCAUCCAGAUUCGCAGCUCAUUCCACGCAAGAAGGCAGACCUCAUGUUUCGUGCAUUUAUUGAUAAAGAAGCCAGCAAGUAUGGGUUUGAUGUUGUCAGUGAUGCAGUGAGAUCAGACUUUAUCGAAGUGACCCGAGUGGGUAACGCCAAGGCAGGUGAUGAUGAUGAUGAGGAUGAUGACGACGAUGACGAUGAAGACGGGGGCCUGGGCCACGAGCGAGAGUUCAGCCAGAGCCCCGAGCCCUCACCCGGUGCCUUGCGGCAUCACGCCGACCUCUCGCACGACCCCGAGCAUGACCUUGACCAGUCGGAGAUGAUCAACAUGUCCACUCUGUCGGCUCCCGAGGUGUCAUUGGUCCCCUCCCCAGAGGUCUCCAAACGUCCCAAGUCCCUUGAAGACAACCUGAAUGAAGUCCGAUCUCAUUAUCAAAGCCGGUGCCUCAGUCGAUUCAACUCGGUCAAACGCAAGCAGCUGGAGAGGCUGCGGCAGCGUUCCGAUUGGUUCCUCAGUCCGACGGUGCGGGAGAGAAACAACAGCCGCAAGGGGAAAGGCGAGGGGAGCCUGAGUCUGUUUGCCAACAGCAGCAGCGGUCAUGGCACGAGCCAGCAUCAUCACCGUGGCAACGCCGGGUGUGGUGGUGGUGGGGCCAAAAAUGGUGGUGGUGGUGGCGGUAACGGCCACAACAGCAACAACAGCAACAACAACAACAACCCUAAUGGCAGCAGUAUGGUCCUGCAACAAAAGAACUCAGGGACUUCCGUAGUGACCAAAGCCUCGUCGGAGGGCGCCGUUCUGGAGGCGUUCUCCGACGGCGACAGCGUUUUCACCGACAACACCAGCCGCAGCGAGUCGCCCGCCUCGGAGCCCGUCUGGUCGCACAUCCUCAAGGUGCACUCGCGCGACAUCAUCCACAGCGACACCAUCGCCGAGCUGUCCCUGCCCGAGAUGAGCCUGUGCUGUGGGGACGCCGGCGGCUCGGGGGCGGACAUCAGCAUCACCUCGCACGACAUCACCCUGGGAGCGGACGCCACCACCAUCACCACGGCGACCGCUUCCCUUGCCUCGCCACUCCGCACGACCGCGGGGGACGGGGUGAGGGUACAAGGGGCUCAUCACCAUGACGACGACUGCGAUCAGGACGCAGGGGUGAGGGGAGAUGAUGAAGGAGGGGAUGAUGGUGACGAUGAUGAUGACGACGAAGACAACACGACACCGACAGGGAUCCAGGAGGAGGAGGACACGUUGAUGGCCGCAUCCCUGCAAGACAUUCACCACACGAGUAGCAGCGCAGGGGAGGACAGCAGCACUCGCAGCGAGGAGCUGGACAAAGAUUCGCCGGCCGCCUCGCAAGUAGAAGCCACCACCGCGGCAGCACGAAUUGUUGAACCCCUUCCCAAGGGUACGGCGGAAUCGCAGCAGCAGAAAGCACAACAACUGCAGGAAGAAUCCGGUGCUCCACCAACCUGCCCUUCGGCCCUGGUGGAGGCUGGGGUCGACGACGGUGGCAAGGUGGGAGACGAAGAAGUGGUCACGCUAGGGCAGCAAAGUACUAUGACCCAGAUGGAGGAGGAGACGGAAGAGGCGAGGGAGGUGGGGUCUGCAGGGCACGAGGAAGCGAGGGAGACCUCGCAGCAACAACAGCAGCAGCAGCAGCAACAACUACACAGCCCGUCAGAGGUAGAUAGCCAGGCCGUCGCCUCCCCUCCCACCGGCCAGGAAGAGGGAGGGGAAGAGAAGAAAGAGGAGGUGGUCCAGUGUUUCCUCGUGGAGCGCCAUUACGGGCAGGACACAACGGCAGAUUCCUAGCAGCAAGCCAUCUUUUCUUUUGAAACCUUUCAGGGCUUGGAGUGUUGUUUCUUCAAUUCGUAGAACGGCUUGUAGUUGUUUAGAUUUUUACUACUUUUAUUGCUUUGUCUCCUGUACGCAAUUUUUUUUUUCUUUUUUAAAAAAAUGCCAUGUCUAGGUUGUUUUGGGUUUUUUUGUCCAAAGUUUUCAUUUGCUUUCAAAUUCUGUUGUUUUUCCAUGUUGGUUCUUUAUUCUUCUGUUGUGCUGUUUCUUUUCACUAUAGCAAUAUUUAUCUAGUCACGAAUGCCUUGUUUGUUCAGCUUUUCUUCUGUGUUUUCACGUAGCAGAGCAAGCAAAGAAUAUGCAAAUUCAUGCGACGAUUCGCACGUUUCAACGGCUGAUGGAGAAUGUUGUAGAACAAAUGUUUUUGGUGCAUAAUUUUCAAGAUAAUCCGUUUUUAGUGGAUAGACUGUCCUUUAUAUUCAAAAUGAAAUUGUUCUUAGUAUUUGACUUGUCAGAGAACAAGGUUUUUUGGGUGUUUUUUUUAGCAAUGGACAUUUGUGUGGCAGAGCAGGUACUCAUUAAAAAUCACAGAUUAAAACUUUAUGAGAUGCCAACAAAUGAAAACUAAAACCCUGCAUUUACGAGGAUGAGUUAGGCAAGCAGAAAAGGGUUGGCGGACGUGACUAAAAAAAACCAAACCCAAGAGACUAAUCAAGCACAGUCUACAAACGAAUUUUCCAGUAAUGUCUUUUUGUAAUGCCAUAAUGCUAAAAGUUGAACUGAAGUCAUGGUUUUCAUCACGUCAGCUAGUCUGCUCCUAGCACUGCCAUAUCUCGGGCUGCGGUAAAGAUGUCUUUAUGAGAAAAACAGAACUACACAUAUCUCUGGAAUUGGUGUUGGGCACAGAAAUAAUCCAAGAUUACAGACGUCUUAACGAAUGAGUGUAAAGAAGUUCCUCACGUCGUCGCCACACGUUUGUUGAAAGGACUGAAGGACUAAAGGACAAAUCUUGUCUCCUCGCUGUGAGGGACAGUAGUGUGGAGUAAAAACUUAGAAUAGCGUGUCAGGUGUUUUGCUUUUUUGGGGGGUUUGGGAAACUAUCAGUUAUUGCUUCAGCAAGGGAGCUGUUGCUUCUGAGGUUUAGGUACCGAAAAAACUGUACUUUAUUGUCAAGUGAAGACUGAGUAGAGUAUGUAGUACUGGGGUUUUACUGUAAGAAAUAUGAGAACUGAACGUGUUCCUAUUUGUUCCCCUCUGUCGAACACUUUAAUUGCAAAUUCGCGUGCUUGCAUAUGCACUGAUACACAGGUACACUCACUUGCACAUUUACACACACUCCUGUACACACACUCACACACACAUGGAGGCACACACACACACACAUACACACACACUUAUACACAAUCUCAUUCACACUCCCACGUACACACGCACGUCAUUUUCUGUUGAUGUGUAGUCUGAGAGGCCUUUAGUUUGACGUGCUCAAGUCAUGAUCCACUCUACCCAGUUUUUGUUUGUGUUAAAUAGUUUCCUUUUCUUUGUGAUUUCAGUUUUAAAUAUGCAAUGGCAAAGGACUUGAUUUGCAAAAUGUGCUUUGUUUGAUGAAUUAUGUUAAAUGAUCUUGAAUGAUUUUUAACUUGCUAAUGAAGAAUAGAACCCUUGCCCUGGUCUGCAUUUCGUCAUCAUUACCCAUGGAUUAAAAUAAAUAAAUAAAUACAUCGUAUGCUUUCUCCAUACUCCCCACCCACUUCCUCCCACCCCCCUUAAAAAGUCCAUACCAUUAUGACAUUGAUUCUCGUGUUUGGAGAAAUUCACCGACUGUGUGGUAGCCCAUGUGUGAGGGUAUGAGGGGUGUUUGCUGUGUCACACUGGAAUGUAUGGAUGUACACGUAUUGCACUCUUUCCUUUAAAAAAAAAAAUUUCCUUGUGUAUGUUAAAGUGCUUGCCAUUGUUUUCUUGUUUAUGAGGUUAAUGUUUUUUUGGUUUGUGCGACUUACUUAUUUUUUUUCUCCCUGUGUGGUGGCUGUGGUAGCAUUUUUAUACCAGGCGUGCUGAAACUGAAGAACGUUGUGGCAAAAGACACCUAUGAUUUUAUUCGU